GUGAAAUUGAUACCUCUCCUCAAAAGGCUUUGAGAAAGUAGCAUAUUUCACGCAGUUCUGUCUUUUGAUUCACGAUCUACACUGGAGAAUAGCCCAAAAAUGCCUACAGAAUUGGAAGAGCUCGUGGGCUUCAUCGCUCAUCCUAAUGCGAAUCUCAGAAAGGUAGCCAUCGAGAACCUCGUAGGCUACUCACAGGCGGACCCGGCAAUCUUCAAGACAGAGAACUUGACUCCCGUAAAGCACCUCAAGUUCCUAGUUAGAGAUCACCCUAAAAUCGCAGAACAUGCGUUGACAAUUCUCGUCAACCUGACUGCCGAGAAAGACGUUCUUGAGAACGUGGCUACAGACCAGAAGUUUAUUGAUAUCCUCUUGGACUUGGUAGUAAAACCCGAUGAGGCAAACGCCAACCUGAUGGCAAUGCUGCUUGCCAAUUUGGCAAAGUGGGAUGGACUUAACACUAUUGUUACCAAGAAGCAAACGCCGCCAGCGGAGCUCAAGUCCAACGACUUGGUUCUGAACCAGCUGGUCGAUCUCUUCGUCAAGGAAAAGGGGGCCUACAACAAGGACGCCGACUACGACUACCUCGCCUACCUCUUUGCAGAUCUCACCAAGCACGCCGAAGUGCGCCAGCACUUUGUCACCCGGCAAGACUAUGACGAAGUCAUCCCCAUCACCAAGCUCAAGGUCUUCACCGAGCACCAGUCCGAGAUCCGGAGGAAGGGUGUCGCGAGCACGAUCAAGAACGUCGCGUUUGAGAUCCAGUUCCACUCCACCUUCAUGGACGAGGACGAGGUCGACAUCCUGCCGUACAUCCUCCUCCCCAUCACCGGCAACGAGGAGUACGACGAGGACGACACCAUGGGCAUGCUGCCUGAUCUGCAGCUCUUGCCCCCCGACAAGAAGCGUGACUCGGAUCCCAAGAUCAUCCAAACGCACAUCGAGACGCUUCUGCUCUUCACGACGACGAGAGGAGGCCGCGAUCUGCUGAGAAGAGUCAGCGUGUACCCUAUCAUCCGCGAAAACCACUCCCGCGUUAACGACGAGGGCGUCAAGGAUGCCUGCGACCGUCUGGUGCAAGUACUGAUGAGAGACGAGGAGCCAGAGGAGGGCGAGGGCGAGGCGGGGUCCAAGCCUAAGGAGCUGACCAAUGGCUCAAAGGUCGAGGAGGUCGAUGAUGACGACGAUGAUGAGAUUGUCGAAGUCUAGACGGGGUAGUAUCAUGAUGAGGUUUGCAAGUUCUUCCCUUUGGUCAUGGCUUAUGUAGAAAGAGGGGAUACCCAG